UAUAAAUACGGUGGUCGUUCAAGCACUUGCGAUAUUGUUACAUUUAAGAGCGAACAAUGAGGGUACAGAUUCGAAAGUUGGGUACAUUUGCUGCCGUUGAUAAAUUUAAGUUUGUUCUGAAGUUGUGUGGACUGUGGCCCAGCGGUAUACCGUACAGCUACUUAUCUAUAUUGUACAAUUGGUACAGUUUAGCCUUCAUAUUUGUCUUUUUGUUUCCCUACAUUUUGGCGAUCAACGUUAAUAUAUUCUUCACCGAGGACGUGGUAGAGGCAACAAAUACUCUUUGCAUGGGACUAACAGUGAUGGCAUUGUUCGGCAAAUCGUUGAAUUUCCGAUUUUUUCUCCGGCGAAUACAAAAUCUGUUGCGAACGAGCGAAACGUUUCAGUUAGAAAGUGACCGGGAAGUUGAAUUCGUUGAUCAGAAAAUGGUGCCAUUCAAUAAAUUAUGCAAUUGCGUUUACUGCUUCUCGAAUCUAGCUAUUGCAUUUAACUCAAUCGAGGCAAUCGUGUCCGCAGAAGCUCGGCUGCCAUACGCAGCAUGGUUUCCUUUUGAUUGGAAGUCAAAUUCAACUACAUACGCGUUGGUGUGCAUCUAUCAAGUUGUUGGUAUGGUUAUUGUGGCAAACUUAAAUUUGAGCAUUGAUUUGUUGUCGGUUUAUUUGAUGCACGUUACAAGUGUUAAACUCGAGAUACUUGGAAAUCGUUUGCGCAAACUAAAUGGGAUCAACGUGAACGGUCGACAGAAUCGACACACUCACACCAAGAAGUUGGUUCGGUGCAUUUCAGUAUACCAACAAGCGUGGAAUUAUAUUGCUGUCAAAGAAAACCCUAGCCUGAAAUCGACAUUUAUUUUCGUUGCCUUUGGCAUUACUUGUCAAUUAAAGAUUUUCCAAGCAUACAAAGUUCAAUUGACAUUCGAGCAGUGGUUUUCGCUUUCGUCAUAUUUCGAUUUAGCAACUUUCGUUUCUCUAUCAAGAUUUACCGAGGAACUACAGGCAUGCUUCACUUAUGGAGUCUUUAUUCAAAUCACAUUCAGUGGAACCGUUAUUUGCUCCAUUGCAUACCAACUAAGUACAACAUCGCCUCACGAAAAUCUACUUGCCUACACUUACUUGAUAAUGUAUCAAUUUUGCAUGAUCGGUCAGAUAUACAUUCCGUGCUAUUUUGGCAAUGAAAUCAUAUUAACGCAUGAAAACAUAUCCGGCAGCAUAUUCAACUCUGGCUGGCACUUACAAUCAAUGCACUGUCGACGAAUUGUGAUCAUCUUUAUGGAAAUAGUGAAGAAUGAAUGGCAUAUCUUGGUUGGAAAUUGGAUGGUUCUAAAUUUGGAAUUGUUCGUUUCGAUUAUGAAUUUCGCCUAUCGAUUGUACACAUUCCUCGCUUAAAUUAUUUUUGACCAAUCACCAUAA